AUGAGGCAGCUCCUCAGACGACGGCAGGUGUGUUUUCUUGUAUGUAUUGGUGUCUGUGACCAAAACAGGGCCGAAAAGACCUGUCGCGAAACCACGGGUAAGGUUGGGGUAGCUCCGGCCGAGUGGACGGGACGACGGGGAGGAGGGGAAAUAGAGUCACCGGGCCGGAGACAGGGUGCCAUAGAAAUGGGGGCAAGAGACAAGAUGACAAACAGCCGUGUCUGCUCUCAGGCGAAAACGCGUGUACAACCUCCCCCUUCUUGA